AUGGAGGGAUUUAGACAACCUAAAAGUUUGUCAUUGUCGGGAAACGUGAGCGAGAACUGGAGAAGGUUCAAACAAAAUUUUGAGAUAUUUAUGAGUGCAACAGAAAAGAAUAAUUUGCAGAGCAAUGUUAAAGCUGCUAUACUAUUAAACUUGGUUGGUGAAGAAGCUGUAGAAAUUUUUAACGGAUUUAACCUCAAAGAAGAUGAGAAAAUUGAUUAUAAGAAGGUAAUGGAAAGUUUUGAAAGAAAAUUAUCUACAACUUGUGAAUAUGAUACUUUAAAUGAGCAAAUGUUGAGGGAUAGGAUUGUGUUAGGAAUUCGUGAUGUUAAUUUACAAGAAGGAUUACUACGAAUGGAAGAUCUAACGCUACAAAAAACUAUUGAUACAUGUAAAGCUGCAGAAAUUACAAAAUCUAGAGUGAAAGAUUUACAUGGAAAAGUAGUUGAACCAAUUGAAAAAAAGAAAAUAUUCAAGCAUGAAAAGAAAACAAGUAAACCUAUUAGCACAACAAAUGUAAAGUUAGAAAGUUUUGGGGGAUUUAGAAUUAAUCCAAUGGGUAGUGUUAAGUUUAAUUGUAAAACAAUAAAUAAAUUACGAUUACUUGUUGAAUUCUUGGUUGUUAAAGAAAAUGUAACACCGAUUUUGGGUUUAAGUGCUUGUAUUGAUCUAAAUUUAAUCAAAAGAAUAGAUUUGUUAAAUGUUAGUAGUGAAGCUUUUGUAAAGCAAAACAAGGAUGUUUUUGAAGGUUUGGGGACUUUUCAUGAUCUCUGUAAAAUUGAAAUUCGUAAUGAUGCUAAGCCAGUAGUAAAUGUACCUAGACGUGUUCCACUAGCUAUAAAAGACAGGUUAAAACAGACAUUAAUUGAUCUGGAAAAAAGAGAAAUAAUUUCAAAAGUUGAAAAACCGACGGGUUGGGUUAAUAAUUUGGUAAUAAUAGAGAUACCGAAUAAAUCUUUAAGGUUGUGUCUUGACCCGAAAUAUUUAAAUUUAGCUAUAAAAAGAAUUUCUAACGUGUUAAUACCGACAAUUGAAGAUAUGAAAUCAAAAUUAUCUGGCAAAUCAGUGUUUAGUGUGUUUGAUCUCAAAGAUGGAUUUUGGCAAAUCAAAUUGGAUAGAGAUUCAAGUGAGUUGUGUACAUUUAGCACACAAUUUGUUUGCUAUAGAUUCAAAAGGUUACCAUUUGGUUUAAAUAUGGCUCCUGAAUAUUUCCAAGGAUUAAACGAAAAGAAUUUUGGUGAUAUCCAAGGUGUCUUAGUAUACUUUGAUGAUAUUCUGAUUGCUGGUAGUACACAUGAAGAACAUGACGAAAUUGUUAAGAAAGUCAUAAAUAGAACUAGGGAAAAAGGUGUUAAGUUUAACAAAAAUAAGAUUCAGUUUAGACAAGAACAAGUAAAAUACUUAGGUCAUGUAUUUUUUUCAAAGGAUGGGAUGAAAAUUGAUGAGGAUAGAAUAAAAUCAAUACAAAAUUUAAAAAUUCCUGCAAAUAAGAAAGAACUGCAGAGUAUUUUAGGAAUGGUGAAUUUUUUGAGGCCAUUCAUUCCAAAGUUAUCAGAGCUUACAAAUGAUUUAAGAGAACUUUUAAAAGAUAAAGUUCAUAUUGUUUGGUUAGACUCACAUACAAAACCAUUAGAUAAAAUAAAGAGCAAAAUAACAGAGGCUCCAGUAUUGACAAAUUUUAACUUUAAUAAAGAUAUUACAAUUCAGGCAGAUGCCUCACAGAGUGGUUUGGGUUGCUGUUUGAUGCAAGAAGGUAGGCCAGUGUCAUUUGCAUCUAGAAGUUUAACUAACUCUGAGAGAAAUCUUGCUCAAAUUGAAAAGGAACUGCUGAGCAUAAUAUUUGCAGCAACAAGGUUUCAUAAUUACAUUUAUGGUAAAACUGUAAUAGUUAUCACAGACCAUAAACCAUUGAUAAAUUUAUUAACAAAGAAAGUAUCUGAUAUAACAUCAUCUAGAUUGAAGAGAAUGAAAAUGAAACUACUUAAGUAUGAUUUAAAUGUAAUAUUUACCCCAGGUAGAUAUACGUAUAUUGCUGAUUUAUUAUCGAGAUCAUAUUUAAAAGAAAAUCAAGACUGUAGUGAUAAUUGGAUCACAGAGGGUGUUCAUUCAAUUAGUACAAAUUUAAACAUAACAGACUUAAAGAAACGUGAAUUUCAAAUAGCAACAAGUAAUGAUGAUAUAUUAAGAAUAAUUAAAGAUUACAAUACAAAUGGUUGGCCUAAAACUAAAGAGAAGGUGCCAGAUAAUGUAAAACAUUAUUUUAACUUACAGAAUGAUAUUACGUGUGAGGAAGGUCUUAUAUUUUUGAAUUAUAGAUUGAUUGUCCCUUGUUCAAUGAGAGAUUAUAUUUUAAAACUUUUACAUGAAUCACAUUUUGGCAUACAGAAAACCGAAGCAAGAGCAAGAGAGGCUGUCUAUUGGCCAGGUUUAAUGACUGAUAUUGAGAAUAUGUUAGCAACAGGAAAAUAUAAGAAAGAAGAUGAAGUGAAGGUUGCGAUUCUCUUAAAUAUUAUCGGAGAGGAAGCCGUACACAUCUACAACACAUUUAAUCUCAGUGAUGAAGAUAGAAAAAAGUAUGAAAAGGUAAUGAAAGCUUUUGAGGAUUAUAUGAAUCCAAACAAGAACGUUAUAUACGAAAGAUUUAAACUUUUUAAUAAAAAGCAAGAGGAAAUGGAGAGUUUUGAUAAUUUCGUAACCAAAGACAGAAUAGCUUUAGGAGUAACAAAUAAAAAUUUACAAGAAAGGUUAAGGGGUAAAGAAGAUUUAACUUUAGAAAAAGGCGAAAUGGAUAUGAGUGUAGGACAGCAGAAAUAA